CGGGCAUUUUUUCCUGGUUUGGGGGCAAGGUCUCAUGGGAAAGGUCAUGUCUCUCGAAGAAAGGCUAUAAACCCUGGGAUAUAAGGGUUGGGCGAGACAUCCGAGCCUGUUGCGUUCCGUGUUGGGACCAGGAAUAACCCUGACUUCUGAGCUUUCAUAACCCCAGGAUCCUCCAGAAAAUUUGCGACGCGCUGAGGGAAAACCUUGCUGGCAAGUCGGGACCGUGUGGCAGCGGCUGUUUUUCUUUUCCCACUCAGCACGUUUUCGGGCCGGGGACAAAGGGUUCGGUUGAGAUACAGAGACUCCCUUCGGGAUAUUGGGUUCUCUGAAGUGCGGAUGGACUAGGGCAGGGCUGAGACCCCAUUCAUUCACUCAUUUAUUCAGCUCUCCUGUAUGCCUGGCGCAGAAGAUACCCCUUAGGGUCCCAAGGCCCCUCCUGUAGUUAAGUUCCUUCCUUAAGGUCAUUCAGCUGGGGCAAAGCUGGGGACUCGACACCUUUCUAUGCUAACCAUUGAGCUGCCUUCACUUUGAGCAGCUAAGUGGAUGGAUAGUAUCUUGACGAUACCUUUGAUUUGUGCAGGGUUUUCUUGUGCAGGUGUGUGACUCAGGUCAGCUUAGGUCAGGAUGCUGUACUGCUUGCCACAAAAUAGCCUGUAUUGUCGCGUCGUUUUUUCUUGUGAACAGACUGUUUGGCAUAGCCGUAGAGAGGGGUCUGAGACAUGCUUUUAGUGAUACAGUGUUGAUUUGUUUGUGUAAUGAGGCUGUUCAAGUGGAAAGAACUGAGUUGUAGUCCCUGCUUCACUAGUACUAGAAGAAUUUUUUAAACCUUUUUGAACCUAUUUUUCCUUAUCUGUAAAAUGGAAAUAAUAUCGACCUGGAAGAAGCUGUACACUGGAAUGGGUUUACAGUGGUUGUACUGGAAGCAAAAUACAUGAAGGAAAAACUGUUAUUUGUAUCUCUGCUUAUUGCACCUGACGACUAGCUGCAGAUGGUUUUGUUUACCUAAGAAAACUUGUGAUAUAAAUGAAAAAAACACCUGUUUUCCUAGACUCAUUGGUUACAAAUAUGCUUCGUCUAAGAGCUAUUUGUCCAUUCUCCUGGAGAGUGUUUCAAUUUCGACCCAUCAGUUGUGAACCACUAAUUAUUCAGAUGAAUAAGUGUACAGAUGAGGAGCAAAUAUUUGAUUUUAUUGAAAGAAACAAAGCCAUACUUUCAGAAAAGCAAGUGGGAUGUGCAUUUGAUAUGCUUUGGAAGCUUCAAAAGCAGAAGACCAGCCUGUUAAAAAAUGUUGAGUAUGUCAGAGACCAUCCUCAAUUUCUUACUCUUCAUAAUUUAGCUACAAAUAAAUUCAAAUUAAUGAAUGACGAUACCCUGGUGAAUGUGUUAUAUGUCACACAACAGUUUGCUGGUGAGGCCCACGACCCGCUAGUUGAAGCACUAGUUACAGAAGCAUGGAGAAGACUAGAAAGGUUUGAUAUUAAACUGCUCUCAGAAUUUUCCUCUUGCCUAGCAGAUCAGCGUUUGUAUUUUAGUCCAUUAAUGGGAAAAAUAGCUGAUAUUGUUCAUAGGAACUUGGAAACCACACAGGACUUAAGUUCCUUGUCUGUUUUGAUGGUCAACAUAUCUUCUUUAAUAUCACGACAUUUUCAACAACAACUGGUGAACAAAACAGAACUUCUUUUUGACACCAUAGAUUCUUCUGAGGUCAACGUUGCAAAAAGCAUAGCAAAGUUUCUUCGAAAUGUUAGAUAUCGUUAUCAACCACUAUUAGAAAGAUGUAAUAACGUAUUUUUAAGUAAUGUGGACCACCUUGAUUUGGAUUCCAUCAGUAAAAUACUUAGUGUAUACAAAUUUCUACAAUUUAAUAGUUUUGAAUUUAUUAUAAUGGCUAAAAAGAAGCUAACUGAAAUGAUUCCUCUGUGUAAUCAUCCUGCUAGCUUUGUAAAAUUGUUUGUAGCAUUGGGACCCAUUGCAGGACCUGAAGAAAAGAAACAACUGAAAUCAGCUAUGUUAUUGAUGCCAGAGGACCUAACUGGCGAGCAAGCCCUGGCAGUCUUGGGAGCAAUGGGAGAUAUGGAAAGCAGAAAUGCACGUCUGAUUAAAAGAGUUACUUCAGUUCUGCAUAAACAUUUGGAUAGCUAUAAACCAUUAGAGUUGUUGAAGAUAACUCAAGAAUUGACUUUUCUGCAUUUCCAAAGGAAGGAGUUUUUUGCGAAACUUAGAGAAUUACUGCUUAGUUAUUUGAAAAAUAGUUUCAUACCAACUGAGGUGUCUGUUCUGGUCCGUGCUAUUUCCCUGCUCCCUUCUCCUCACUUGGACGAAGUCGGGAUAUCCCGAAUUGAAGCCGUUUUACCACAGUGUGACCUAAAUAACCUGAGUAGUUUUGCCACAUCUGUUUUAAAAUGGAUUUGGCAUGAUGACAUGUAUUUGGAUAAUAUUACUGUGAAACAACUGAAACUACUUCAAAAAUUAGAUCACUAUGGUCGUCAGAGACUACAACACGGCAACAGUUUGGAUCUGUUAUGGAAGGAACUUAAAUCUCUCAAAGGAAACACGUUUCCUGAGUCACUUCUUGAAGAAAUGAUUGCUACUUUACAGCAUUUCAUGGAUGAUAUUAAUUACAUAAAUGUUGGGGAGAUUGCAUCUUUUAUUUCUAGUACUGAUUACCUCAGUACUUUGCUACUUGAUAGGAUAGCCUCAGUAGCUGUUCAGCAGAUUGAAAAGAUCCAUCCUUUUACAAUCCCUGCUAUUAUUCGUCCAUUCAGCGUGUUGAACUAUGAUCCACCUCAAAGGGAUGAAUUUUUGGGAACUUGCAUGCAACGUCUUAAUUCUUACUUAGGUAUAUUGGAUCCUUUUAUAUUAGUGUUUCUUGGUUUCUCUUUGGCCACACUUGAAUAUUUUCCAGAAGAUCUGCUAAAGACAAUUUUUAACAUCAAAUUCUUAGCUAGAUUGGAUUCUCAACUUGAAAUUUUAUCUUCAUCUCGAAGUGCAAGAGUCCAGUUUCAUCUUAUGGAGUUAAAUAGAUCAGUCUGCUUGGAAUGCCCUGAGUUUCAGAUUCCAUGGUUUCAUGACCGCUUCUGUCAACAAUUUAAUAAAGGUAUUGGUGGCAUGGAUGGAGCACAACAGCAGAUUUAUAAAAUGUUAGCAGAGGUACUAGGAGGAAUCAAUUGUGUAAAAGCCUCGGUUCUUACGCCUUAUUACUACAAAGUAGAUUUUGAGUGUAUCUUGGAUAAAAGAAAAAAACCUCUUCCAUAUGGAAGCCAUAUAGCACUGGGACAACUACCAGAAAUGCCCUGGGAAUCAAAUAUCGAAAUAGUUGGAUCAAGGCUGCCACCAGGGGCUGAAAGGAUUGCUUUGGAAUUUUUGGAAUCAAAAGCACUUUGUAGAAAUAUCCCUCACAUGAAAGGAAAACCUGCUAUGAAAAAACGACAUUUGGAAAUUCUGGGGUAUCGUGUAAUUCAGAUUUCUCAGUUUGAAUGGAACUCUAUGGCACUGUCAACAAAGGAUGCUCGGAUGGACUACCUGAGAGAACGUAUAUUUGGAGAAGUCAAGUCAUGUUUGUAGUUUUUAUUUAAAAUGAAUAUUAUCAUGUGUUACAUUUGGACUUAUUUUAAUAAAGUGGCCUGUCUGAAUUAAAAAA